AUGUCCUGCAAUGACCUGUGCUCCACCUCUGCCUGCGGCGUCCUGCGGCCCCAGCCCCUGGCUGACAGCGGGAACGAGCCGUGUGUGCGCCAGUGCCCCGACUCCACCGCCGUGAUCCAGCCUCCCGCCGUGGUGGUCACCUUCCCCGGGCCCAUCCUCAGCUCCUUCCCGCAGGAUUCCGUGGUGGGAUCUGCUGGAGCGCCAUUCCUUGGAGCCUCUGGGGCCUCCCUGGGCUAUGGGGGCUAUGGGUCCCUGGGCUAUGGGGGCUAUGGAUAUGGGGGAUAUGGGGGUUAUGGAUCCCUGGGCUAUGGGGGUUAUGGAUCCCUGGGAUACGGAGGAUUUGGAUCCCUGGGAUAUGGAGGAUUUGGCUCUGGAGGAUAUGGUGGUUAUGGAUCUGGGGGAUAUGGGGGUCUCUGUGGAUACGGGGGCUAUGGAUCCCUGGGCUAUGGGGGUCUGGGGGGCUACGGGGGGUUCCGGGGUCUGUAUGGCUCCGGGAGAUCCUUUGGCUCUUGGUCCGGCCGCUACGGCCGCUACGGCCGCGGCAGCUGCGGCUCCUGCUAA